AUGAGUGCCAAAGUCGAUACGGAAAACGCUACCGUCGAGGUACCAGAAGCAUCUCCGGAUGCAAACGAUGAGAAAAAGGAUGUCCACGUCGCCGAAGCCAAACUUCGCAGUCGCAGGAACCUCUGGAUAGGUCUCGCCGUAUUCCUAGCUGUGGUACUCUCUCUGUCCAUUGCAUUGCCUCUCUCCCUCAAGAAAGGAGACAGUAACGAGAGGAACGAGAACGAGGUGACGACCGAGACCAACGGCGAACAGGCUCAGCCCUUUGGUGAGCCUGAAACACCAUGCGCACCUCCUUCCCCAGACAACCAUUGCAUUACUCAAGAAAGCCACGAGCAAUGCAUGACAUUGGUGAAUAUUGGGUGCAAGAAGAUCAAGAGCACCCGUUCAUGCCCCCCUAUGCAUGUUUGUGACGAUGUGGUUCCGGGACUUAAUCCUGCUGUCCAGUGUCCACCUCCUUCCCCAGACAAUCACUGCACCACUGAAGAAAGCCACCAGCAAUGCAUGACAUUGGUAAAUAGUGGAUGCAAGAAGAUCAGGAGCACCCGCUCAUGCCCCCCAAUGCAUCAAUGUGACGAGACUCCCGAGCAACCUGAAGCUGUUGCCUGCACAAUGGAUGUGAAGGAGUGUGCAGAUGGCUCCUUUGUUGGAAGAGUGGCCCCCAAUUGUGACUUUGAAAUGUGUCCUGGGGAAGUUCCAGUCGUAGCUGCUUGCACUUUGGAGCUAGCCUACUGCCCAGAUGGAACACCUGUCGGCAGGUCAGCACCCAACUGCCACUUUGAAGCAUGUGCUGGAGGAGCUUGCCCAAUGGGAACAUACACUUGUGAUGAUGGAACAGAAUUGGUGCGUGAUCCUGCUUUGGGGUGUGAGUACCCUCAAUGCAGCACUUCCCCUGCCCAAACCAAUCAAGAAUCUACACCAGUUGCAUGCACUCUGGAGCUGAAGACCUGCGGUGAUGGCAGCUCUGUUGGAAGGACUGGACCCAACUGUGAAUUUGAACCAUGCCCGGAGGAUCUUCAACUGGCUGCUUGCACAAUGGAGCUAGCCUACUGCCCAGAUGGAACACCAGUUGGCAGGUCAGCCCCCAACUGCACUUUGAAGCAUGUGCUGGAGGAGCUUGCCCAAUGGGAACAUACACUUGUGAUGAUGGAACAGAAUUGGUGCGUGAUCCUGCUUUGGGAUGUGAGUACCCUCAAUGCAGCACUUCCCCUGUCCAAACCAAUCAAGAAUCUACACCAGUUGCAUGUACUCUGGAGCUGA